AUGUCCGAUUCUGAAGACUCCGAUUCUGUGCCUCUGAAUUUAAAUGCUAGGACUAGGACUGAGCGAAACAGUCGUCAAGAUCCGAAUGAGCCAAAGACGGACGAUUUCAGGAGAGGUCAGAUUGAUGAUGCUCAGCUAAAGCUCUUGCGAUCAGGGGAGAAUAGUGACCUCGAGAUUCGUUGUCGGGAGCGGACGUGGGCUGUGCAAAAGGCCAUACUAGCGCAGCGAUGCCCUUUCUUUGCGGGUGCUAUGCGGUGGGGAUUUCAGGAACAAUCGAGCGGCAUCAUUGUGAUGGAUGAAGAUGAGCCACAGGCUAUCGACGAGUUGCUCACAUAUUUAUAUACGCUUUCUGAUCAUAUCAAUGUCCUUCCGAUCCACGGUAGAAGGCUUCGUUACAUUGAUCCGGCCAUUAAGGUUUCGCGCUUUAUAGACGCCGACGAAAAGAUCCGGGACCGCCCUCAACAACUACAAACACUGGCGAACGACGUCAAACACCUCUCAGAUGUUCUUGUUACAGCCGACAAAUAUCAAGUAUCCGAUCUUGCCACGUUAGCAGGCCAGAAAAUAGAAAAAAGGUUGUUGGCGUUUGUGCAUUGGGCUAGCCGACUAGAAGAUAUGCACGCGAGGCUAACAUCUGCCUUCUCGGAGGCUCUGUACUUUGAGCACGAGAUACCACCCUUGCAGGAAUAUCAGGAUACCUUUCUCACGACCAUUAUCCACAAUUUCGACAUCGUCACCGCCUUUGAUGACAUCGAAUUCAUCCAAGCUCAUCCAAGGUUGACUCGAGAAGUGCUACGAGAUCGCAACAAGGCUUUGAAGUCCGAACGCCAAAUGAGAGAUGAAAUGGUCGAGGAUGUGCCGAAGUCAAAGAGAAAGAAGUACACGAUGCAACGUUAG